AUGGAUCCCGGCUGGUUCGUCCUCUGCCUCGCUCUCCUCCUCGAGUGUGCGCUCGUCGGACUGCUCAUCUUACCGAUCCGAGGCCUGCUCAACGAGUGGGUGGUCUCUCUGCUCUCGAACCAGGGCGUCAAGUACGCCGGCUUUGCGAUCCUACUGCUGGACGCCUACUAUUUUGCCGGCACGAUGGACGCGCUCUCGAACCCGCUCGUGCACGUGGGCAUCGUCGCCUCGCCGAUCGACGACGUGAUCCUGUCGUGCGAGGUCGGCCUCGAAAAAUUUCGGAACGAGCGCAACGCCUACAUCACCGGCUUCUCGCUCUUCAUGUUCCUCGUGCUGCGACGGCUCACCUCCAGCCGCGGGUUUACUCCUGCUGCGCGCACCGAACCCACCGUGCCUGCUCGACCCCGUAGGCUCGUCGACAUCCAGAGCCAGCUCUUCCACGCGCGCGAGACAAACAAGCAGAGCAGUCGGGUGCCCUUGGGCAAGCCGGUGGAGGAGAGCGGCAAGCCAAAGCGCUACUGA